AACACAAAUAUAUUAUUUUUUUUAACACAAAUAUAUUAUUUUUUUUAACACAUAUAUAUCAUUUUUUUUGCAGAAUCGACCUAUUUAUUACUUUUGAAAUUACACAUUUACCCUUGAGUGGGAUAAAGACUGAAGAGGCACCUUAUCAAGACGGAACAAUUACUGAAGGCAAGGCAAGGCAAGGCAAGUGCAAGAAAAUGGCAGUUCCAUUGAGAUUGGGUUUGAGCAAUUUAGGAGACCCAAUUGGUUUGACAUUGACAUCAUCUUCUUCUUCUCUUUCAUUCUCAUUCUGUAAUACAAUUCUAACCAAAUCACCGAACUCAUACUCCAUUUCUUUCCCUCAUUUGGGUGCCAUUUAUAAUGGUGGCUUCUCUUCCAGAAUCAGCCCUGUUGUUUCCUGCUACAAUGUUUCAUUGGACCCACCUGCUAAUACCCUUCAAUAUGAGUUUUAUGACGGACCUUCUGAUGUAGAGCUACGAUUACUUCUAGGAAGUAUGAGUGUGCAGAGUUCUAAGGAAAUACAAGUGGAUGCUGAUGGAAAUUCUUUAAUCAUAAAAAUAAAGCAACCCGAGGCUAUCAUAACGCUGAUGGAAACUAAGCAGCUCUAUGACAGAAUUAAGCCCGGGGAAACUAUAUGGUAUCUCGAUGAUGACCAGUUGGUUAUCAACCUGAAAAAGCAGGACGAGGAGUUGAAAUGGCCUGAUAUCGUGGAAUCCUGGGAAUCUCUUAGUACUGGUGUCUUGCAACUUCUUAAAGGGACGUCAAUCUUUUUAGUUGGUGAUUCUUCAGAGGUCAAUCAGAAAGUUGCCGAGGAACUUGCAGUUGGUCUAAGGUAUACACCACUUGAGACAAAAUCCUUGCUCGAAACAUUUUCCAAGCAAAGCAUUGAAUCUUGGGUGGCAACGGAAGGUGCAGAUGCGGUAGCACAAGCAGAGGAAGCAGUUUUGGAGAGUCUAAGUAGCCAUGUUCGAGCUGUUGUUGCAACAUUAGGUGGUAAGCAUGGAGCGGCUGGACGACCAGAUAAAUGGCGGCAUCUUUAUGCUGGAUUUACUGUGUGGCUUUCACAAUCUGAGGCAACAGAUGAAGAAUCAGCUAAACAAGAGGCAAUCAAACAAGCUUAUGAUGGCCGUGAAUCUUAUUCAAAAGCCGAUGUAGUUGUCAAGUUCGACAGCUGGGACGCUAGUUACGCCAAAACUUUGGCCCAGGCUUCUCUGAGCGCGUUGAAACAACUAAUCCUAUCCGAUAAAAAGCUCCCAAGAAAAAAGAGUCUUUAUAUAAGGCUCGGAUGUCGUGGAGACUGGCCAAACAUCAAACCUCCCGGUUGGGAUCCUUCAACUGGAAUCGAUACUACGCCGAAUGAAUCAUAGACGGAGCCAUAAAUGAAUCAAGACAUUUUUUCUUGGUUAAUUGUUUUUUCUAUCAUUCAUUAAGCUGUUUGUAACUGUUUUUAUAGAAAGUUAAUGAACUGUUAAUCCUUUGCAAAUUGAUGUAUUCAUGUAAGCUCUAACGGCCCGUUUGGUUAGUGGUACUAAAGGUUGAUAAUUGGAAUGA